AUGAGUGUCGGUAAGCUCGUCACUGUUCUAACCGUCAUCUUCAUCGUCUCCAUCGUCGUUCUCGCCGCCGAACUCCUCUUCGUCCUCUGGCGCCGCCGUUACUUCCGUUGCCAAACCUCCCUACCUCCUAUCUCAGGUAACAACCAACGCCCUGAUCACCUCACCACCUCCCACUCCGAUUCCUCCACAAAGGAGCUACUCUAUUUCUUCUGCUUAAAAUCCCAGACACGGGUGGAGCCAUCGGAAACUCCGACGCCAACUAGGUCGUCGCCGGAGGAUCCUGUGAUCGACGUUUUUAAGCUGUUGGAAGAAAACGGACCCUCGAGGGUUCUUUGUACGAUUAAAGAAGACGAGAGGGAAGACGUCGAGUCAACGUCCAUGUCCCGUGUUAACUCCGUCGAGAUAACGGUGGCUGAGAGAGUGUCUUUGCAAACGUGUCUUGAGUCUGAGGCGGCGGAGGAGAUCGGUUUGAACAUUGGUGACAUAAAGACGGCGGUCUCGUCGCCGUGUGAUUCGCCGAUCUUUUUUACUCCGGUGGGAUCUCCGCCACGAGAUGUUAUGUGUUUGUAG